CUGCUGGAGCACUAUGGCAACUUCAUGCUCUCCACAAUGAAUCACAGCGUUGAUCCUUGCGAGAAUUUCUACGAGUAUGCGUGUGGCAACUGGAAGGAGUCCUCGCUGCUAACCGAUGAGGCAAAGAACUCCAGCUUACUGCAAGCCAUCCAGCAACGCAUCAAUGGAGUUGUCCUGGAUUAUCUGCAGAAUACAACGCAGCUGGCGAGGAAUGCCACAUCGGCGGCGGCAUGGAAGGCCAAGGAAUUCUUUAGCACCUGCGUGCAGAUGAAGGCGAAUAUGUCGAGGGGCUAUGAAUAUCUCAUGAUGCAGCAGGAUGAUCGCUUGAAGGCACGAAAUAUUACUCAGGAUUGGAUCUAUGUGAAUUUCAUGUCCAGCUACGAGUUGUUCCCACUGCUGCCCCUCAAGGUGCACUAUAAUACAGCAAAGCGCAAGUUUGACAUCCUUAUUUCGCCACCCACAAAAGUGUUGGCCAAUUACAAUGAGGAAAAGUUGCUCAACAUGACGAAGGAUCUGCAAAUAACGGAUGAGCUGAAACGCAAGGAGUUCCUAGCACUCUUUGCCAAUCUCACGCAGUUCGAGCGGAAUCUCACCCAGCUGGCCAAGCCGAGAAAUGAAACAGAGAAACUGACUCUGGACAAAUUUCUGGUGCAGCACAAGGAGGAUCGUUUGAAUUGGACGCAUUACUUUGAGGUGGCCUUCAAUGGCAGUCAGCAGGGUCAGUGGCUGGUGCUCAAUCAGUUGGAGCAGGUGGGCGAAUUGGUGCAUCUGUUGGAGCAGAGUGAUUUGCAACUGUUGCGCUCCUAUGUCCAGCAUCGAGUGCUGGUCAAAUUCUACGCGAUGUGGGCCCAGCAGCAGAGUAGCAAGAAUGCGAGCAUACCCAACGAUUGUCGGAGUCUAACCGAGAGCUACUUCAACUACGCCCUGUUGCCAUGGUUUAUAGGAAAGCUCUUCGAUGAGGAGCGUCGUGCCGAUGUCCUUGGUGUGGCCAAGGAUAUUAAGGAUACCUUCUACGAGCUGCUCGAGAAUUAUACCUGGCUGGAUGAGGAGACCAGGUCGGAGGCCAAGACCAAGUUGUCCUCCAUGGAUUUCCUUGUCGGGUAUACGGAUGAAUUUAGGCAUCCCGAGGUGAUCGAUGCCGCUUUCAGUGACCUCAAUAUGACCAAGGACUUCUUCGAGAAUCUGGCCACACUCGAAGCGAAUCGUGCCCGGAUUCGCAUGAGAUCGGUGGAUAAGGCGCUGAUACCCCAACUGAUGCCGACGCGUACAGUGAACGCCUACUAUGCGGAAUUCCUCAAUCAGGCCUUCAUCACAAUUGGCCUGUCCCAGUGGCCAUUCUAUCAUGUUGGAUUUCCCGAGGUGCUCAAAUAUGCCGGCGUUGGCAACAUUAUCGGCCACGAGAUGGCUCAUGGCUUCGACUCGUAUUGCUACCAGUUCAACUACGAUGGCAAGAAGGUCAACUGGUGGUCCGAGGCAUCCUUGAGGAAUUUCAAGGAACGCUAUCGCUGCCUCGAGUCACAGUACAACAAGUUUAUCCUGCUGGGCAUUGCGACUAACGGCACUCUGACAUCGGGCGAUAAUAUAGCGGAUAAUGUCGGCACUCGAAUGGCCUAUUACGCUUAUAAGCGACGCUCCAAGGAUAAGGGGUGGCUGGAGAAGCCAUUCCGUAAUGUGAAUUUGAAUAAUAAGCAAUUGUUCUUCUUGAAGUUUGCACAGACUUGGUGCUCGGGUCGGGAUACGGCAUCCAAGUUGAGAAGGAUCAAGACGGAUGUGCAUGCCUAUGAGGAGUUUAGGGUUGUGGGCACCCUCGGCAACAUGGUCGAGUUUAGCGAGGCCUUCAACUGUAAACUGGGCACCGAUAUGAAUCCCCUCAAGAAAUGUGUCGUUUGGUAA